GGGCGGAAAGUGCCGAGAGUCUUCGGAGAGCGUUGACUAAGCGCUAGGUAGGCCCCAAAGAUGCGGAAAUAGCCAAGAAGCGCCGGAAGUGUCGGACUUACGGCGGGUGUGCGUUCGCGGAGGGCGUGCGGCGUUCGGCGCCAGUUGCCAUGGAGCCGACCGGGCCGUGUGGAUUCUGCCCGGCGGGGGAGACCCAGCCAGCACGCUACACCUGUCCUCGCUGUAAUGUGCCCUACUGCUCGCUGCGCUGCUACCGGGCUCAUGGCACCUGCGCCGAAGACUUCUACCGUGACCAGGUGCUGGGAGAGCUGCGUGGCCGCAGCGCCUCGCCCAGCCGCCUGGCCAGCGCCCUACGCCGGCUGCGUCAACAACGCGAGACCGAGGACGACACCGAAGACGCGGGCCUCAGGCCUAGCCCGGUGCCCGGCGCCCUCUCAGGACUCUGGGAGCGGCUCGCGCCGGCCGAGAAGGCGGCCUUCCAGCGGCUGCUGAGCCGAGGGGAGGCCGGACGGCUGCUGCCCCCGUGGCGGCCAUGGUGGUGGCGUUGCGGGGCCCAGCCGCGGCUUCUGGAGGAGCUGGGUGAUACCCCGGGCCCUGACGCUGAGGAGCUGGAGCCCGACUCCGCGAGGACGCCGCCGGAACCCGUAAAGGAUGAGCCCGGGGCGGCCAAGCUGGUUCUCAGAGACGUCUUUGGGCCCAUCGCCCCCGCCGUGCCCACCCGGAUCCCCACGCUGGCCAGCCUGAGCGGUGGCCGGGCAUCGCCGCUCGUGCGCUUCCAGCUACCCAACGUGCUGUUCGCCUAUGCACACACUCUUGCCCUGUAUCAUGGCGGCGACGAGGCGCUGCUCUCCGACUUCUGUGCCACGCUGCUUGGCGUUUCUGGAGCCCUAGGCGCUCAGCAAGUCUUCACCACUGUUGAGGAAGCCCUGCAGGCCGCAGUCCACGUUCUAGAAGCAGGCGAGCAUCCACCUGGGCCCUUGGGCACACGGGGUGCCAUGUGCGAGGCCGCCCGCAUCCUACUGGGUGAGGGCCCGGCCAACCAGAAAGGCUACACGCUAGCAGCACUGGGGGACCUGGCGCGGACCCUGGGCCGGGCCCGAAAACAAGCCGUGGCCACCGAAGAGCGAGAACGCCUCUACCGGGCCCGAAAGAAGUGCCAGUUCCUGCUGGCUUGGACCAACGAAAAUGAGGUAGCCCUCACACCCCUGGCUCUAGACUGCGCCAGGGCCCACCGAGCACAUACUGUGGCAGCCGAGGAAGUGGCAGCCCUCACUGGGGAGCUGGAGCAGCUUUGGGGAGGCCCCCUGCCACCUGCCCGGAGGACUCUCAUUGAGGAACUCCCCGGCUGAACUGGAGACCUUGUCAGUAAUAAAGGUGUGACUGGUCUGUCCUGUC